AUGACUACAAAGCAAAGAGAAAAUUUUAUUUUGAAAUUAAAUUAUCUAUUAUUUGAAAUGCUUGAAAAAAUUCCUAGUUUUCUUUAGAAACUGAUUGAAAAUUAUCUAGAUUUCUUUGCUGCUGCCUGCUACUAAAGAAAUCAAUUAGCUGUGUAAUUGUUCAGAAUAGCUGUGAUAAUUAAUGGAUUACAAGAAUUGUCAUUAAUGGAAGACAACUUACACUAAAGCGACACGAUACUAUUCUAUUCCAGUCUAAAAGAAUCUCUACCUACAACUUAAUUAAUUCGAUAUGAAAGCAAAUCUACUCUAUCAAUACUUCUAAUCACACACAUCAUCAUUAAUUUCUUAAUAUUUGUGAACUUAUUUUUUAUUAAGAAACAAUCAUAUUUCCAUACAGUAACUUUAUCUAUAAUAUUGGUUGAAAACUACAUUCUUUUGUAUCCUACCCUUAAGGCAAUUUUUUAUUUUAAUAAAUUAUAAGCAGACUACGAGAUUUAUUUAAUUUCAAUUUUUAAUCUAAUAAUGUACGUGCAAAUUGCAAUCACAUAAUACUCUUGGAGAUAAACUAAAUUAAUUGAUUUAUAAGGUUUGGUAAGAACAAACAAUCUUAAAUUAGAAUUGCUAUCUCAUUUGAUUCUAAUGUUAGCUGUUGGGUUUAAUGAACUAUCAAAAAUUGGGUCCUACAUAUUGAUAAUGAUUAAAUAAAUAAUUAAAUUAGGAUUGAGUUUUGAUUAGUAUAACUAAAAUAGUUAAUUCAUGCUCUAUUAAAAUGUAACAUAAAUCAUAUUCAUGACUGUAUUGUACUUCAACAUCAACAUGAUUUACACCCUAUUAAUUUUUGCAUUUGUAAUAUAAUUAAUACAUAAAGUUUAAUCCCUUUUAUUUGAGAAUCAUUUAAUAUAAUUUGAAAUAUCCCUCAAGAAAUGUUAAAUUUAUGAACUAAUAUUUAAUUAAUCUGAAAAUACAUCCAAAAUUCUUUUAUUGUAGUCCUUAUUAUAAAAAAGCUUUUAACAAAAGUAAAAGAGUAAAACCAAGAAAAAGUAGACAGAUUUCCUUUUUACCAAUCAAUAGGAUAUCCUACAAUAGUUGAUCAGAUAAUCCCAUUUUAAAAAGAAGAUGUUGAUUUAAAUUUUUUGUAAUUACGACCUUCAAAACAAACCUCAAAAGACACUUAUUUAGUUUAUGAAAUAUUAUAAAGUAUAGAAUAUAUACGAUAGAGCAUAUGGCAAAGCAUUAUAAAAGCAAUUAAAUUACAUCAUUAAUUAAAAUUAGUCAUAUUUUAAUUCAAGAGUUUAGUCCAUAAAUAUGAUGGAUAAUGAAACAACGGUGUAAGCAUUAAUUAAAAGUGAAAAUGCAAUAGAUUGUAUCCAAAAAGUAGUUUAGAGUAAGAUUUCUUUGUUAGAAUCACUUCGAAAAGGGUUUUAGUAAUAAAUUGAAAUUUUAGAUUAAGUUGAUGAUUACACUAACAAUAUCUUUAAAUGCAGAAAUUUCAUUUUAUAAUCUUAUGAUUUGAAAAGAUACAAAUUGACAGGCUGUUAAUGUACUGAUAUUCUUAGUUUAAGAAUCUUAUAAAUGUAUUUUGGAAUUAUUUUGAAUGAUAUAAAAGAAAGUAAAGUUAUUGAAAAGUUAAUUGAAGACAUAAUAAAGGCUGACAAAAUACUAUAAGAUACAACAAUAAAUAAUCAAAUUUUACUAUAAAAUCGAUUUAUGGUAUUGAAUACUAGCUUAAUCAAUUAAAGAGGAAAGCUGAUCAAUUGUAAUAAAUAAUAGAUCUCUUAAUUUUUUGGAUGUUCACAAGAAAUAAUGCAAAAUUACUAAUAUAUACAUGAAUUUAUGCCUGACUUUAUUGCUUAGAUUCAUGAUGAAUUAAUUGAUUAGUUUAUUGAUAACGGAUACACAUAAUUGAUGAAAAGUGGCAAACUAACUUUCAUUUAGGAUCCAUAAAAUUAUCUAAUGCCAAUUUAUAUUCAUUUGUACAAUCCAAAUAUUUAAGAUGAUUUCACCUUAUAUUCUAUAUUGACAACAUAAUUCUAAUAGUAAGACUAUGUGAUUUUUGAUUCAGAAGGAAAAAUUUAAGGAAUUUCUAAACGAUUUUUUGAGUACACAAAACUAUCAAAGUCAUUCGCAUAAGAUAUAAAUAUUUACGACAUUGUUCACAGAGGAAGUAGUAUUUUGUAUUAUUUUCCUAAUGUUAUAAGUUUGAUAAAAGAUCUAAAAAAUAAUAUUGAUCAUAAUAUUAAUAAUACAUUAAAUAAUGUAAGAUCAUUUUGGUAAAUUCCUGAUAAUCACUUGGAAUGUCUAUCAUAAACACAUUCGCUAAUUAAUUACUCUUAAAGGAUGGAGUUUCAACCAAAUUUAAUUUUGGGUUAAAAUAUAAAGUUAUUGGAUUAAGCUUAUUCAUAAUCUUUCAUUAAUACAAUUAAAAAAAAAUAAAAUAAUUUAGAUUCAGCCGAAAAUCAUAUUGAAAUGCUACAUAACCUUUCACUCUACAUUAUUGGAGAUCAUAUAUUCUUUUUGAUUACAAUAAAGGAGUAUAAGCUAGCAGAUUUUACUAAGACUUACACAUCUAACUCAAUACAUCAACAAUAGAAUCCAUUUACAUCCUUUUCUACACAUUUUACUUAAUUAGAUUAAUUGAUGUCUGAGAAAUAGUUAACUACAGAUAAUGGCACAAUUUAGGAUAUUAAAUAAUUCUGCACUUUUCAGCAUUCUUAAAUAAUUGAAAAACUAUUCAAAGAUGAUGAUAUGAGUGGCAGAUUUGUAGUUGAUAUUACUUAAAAAUAGUAAUUAAAUGCCAGUCAUUCUUAAUCCAAAUUGCCUUUCUUAUCUUCUAGAUAACCUUUGUCAAAUAGAUAAUUACUAUAAACUGGUCUAGUAUCUAUACGGAUGGUUUAACCAUAGUUUCAUUUACCAUCGAUAGACUCUAAGAAAAAAAUAGAAGAUUAUUAAUUAUACGAAUUGGAGGAGGAUAUGAAGGAGAUAGCAGGGAUGGAAAGUAUCAAGUAAAUUUAAGUCAUGUAAAAUGAAUAAGAGAUUGCCAAUUAGAAAUAAGAAAAUAUUAAUUUUAAUCGUUAUGAUAGUAAUGUUAAUGAAGAUUCAAUCAAGAUGUCUGAAAAAUAAAAUGACUCCUAAGUUUAGGCAUUAGUGUAAAGCUAGAUUCAACAAGGCUCUUAAUUGUAAAUGAUUUAACAAAUUGUAAAUUUUAAUGGAACUAUGAAAAUGGUGAACAUCGGCAUAAUUCUAAAUCUGUUUUUGGCAUUAUGGAUAUUUAUUAUGCUCUUUGUAAAUGAAUACUUAAUAAAUAAUGAAAUCCAAACAUAUUUUCAUCAGCUUACUAAUAGUAUUGGUUAUUAAAGUUUAUAAUUUUAUAUUGGAAUACCUUAUACAAUACUCCUAUAACUCUAUAUGAAUGAUAAGGAAAUCCUUAAUUUUAGCCCAGCAUUGUUAUAAAAUACAAUAAGUAAAGUGCCGUUUUUAUAUGGGUAUUCAUAAAUUCAAUAGUCUUCAUUUUAAGAUAUAGUUUGUAGUUAAUCUAAAUAUUAUGAUGAGCAUUUUGCUGAUGAUAAUGAAUGCUCUAAUUAUUUCAUUCAAUUUCAUACUGCAAUUUUAUAAUCAUAUCUUCAGUAUGAAAUUGAUGAAACAUUUGAUUACGAAUUGUUUAAAGCCAAUUCAUUUUAUAGAAAUUAAUCAUUUUAUGGUUAGAAAAUACUAUUAGAUUCUUUAACCAAUUUUAUAAGUUCUUUCUAGAAGGUUACGCUAAAAGAUACUUUUUUAAUAUUGCUAAUGAUAAACCUAUUGGUGGUUACAAUUAUAUAUGUCACAUAAUUUUAAAUGACAAAAUCUAAAUAAAAUUUAAAGCAAAAAUUCUAUUAAAUUUUGAAUAGAUUGUCAUUUGAUGAAAUAGUGGAAUUGAUAGCUCGAUUUAGUUGUUUUAAGGUAGCCUUAGGAGAGAAUGCAUGGAAAUUGAUAAAUUAUUACGAUAUGAUAAAUUAUAAUAACAUUGCGAAAGAGAAAUCUAAUUUAAAUGCUCAUAAGAAAUACAUUUAGUUAAGCGACUCAAAGCUUAAGAAGAAAACAGAUGUAUUUCAAAUUAUUACAAUAGUGUCAUCGUUUUGUUGUUGGAUCCUCUUUUUUGUAUUGGGGUUCCUCCUUUUUUAUUUUUUAUUUGAAGAAUUUGCUCCUAGUUUUAGAAUAGCCUAAAAUUUUGUAGCCUUCAAAUAGAAGCUUGAUCUCUCAUUGUGCAUUGGAUUUUGGAUAAAAACAGAUCCUUUGACCAAUAUGAGAAGAGACACAUCGGAGUAAUAGUAGAUGAUUAGUUUGUUUUUGAAUUUAACAGACAGUUUGUAACUUCUUUUAGAUGAAAUUUCAACUGAUUUAGUAAAAUCAACUUAUUUAAAUGAAGAAAAGAUGAAAGUUAUCCAACAAACUCUAAAUUCUGAUUUAUGUCCUUCUUAUUAAUAUCUCUUUUGUUAUCCAGAGGAAUUAUCAGUACAUCAUUAUUAUGAUUCUGAAUCAUAUGCUUCAAUAUUAGCAGGUGGAAUCACAGGAUUUGUAGCCUAAGUUUACAAAUUUUCAGUAUCAGAAUUCACAAUAGAAAAAGAGACAUUGCAAUAUUCUCCAUAUCUAGAUGAACUAUAGGUAGUAGUCUAGGAGCAAGUGUUCAAAAAUUUAUUUGUUUAGUACAUUUAAGAUAUUCAAUACACUAUGUAUAGUCUUUUUUCUUAGUUUAAUGAUGGGAAUUCAUAUGCUGGUGAAACUCUACUUUCUUACAUGAACUAUUAUAGUUUUGGGUUUGGAAUUAGUUUAAUUGUAGUUUAUAAUAUUAUUGAUUUCAUAAGAAUUAGAUAGGGUGUUAAGGAAUUAGAUUAAUUAAAAUUUAUCCUCUUGGUUCUGCCAGAACAAAAGUUUGAAAAUUAGAUUAUAAAGUAAAAGAUCACAGAAAUAGGUAAAUAUUUCUUUUGA